AUGUCUGCCGCACAGGGCCGCAGAAGUGCUGUGCGGGCGGUGUUGCAGAUAAAUGGCUACGCUGAUACGACUUCGCGGGUCCGCGAUGGUCGUGCGCAAAGACGGGCUGCCGUGUCGUGGAUACACAGGACGACAGUUGUCCGUGGACGAGGACGGAGAAAAGAUGUAAGUCUCAACUUUUCUGCGCCGCGCCAGCCAUCGGCCUUCUUUCGAUUUCUGCAACAGAUAAACAGGUGGAAAACCAAGGCGAAACUUUACGUUUGCACCUUAUAUAUAAACGAAGAGUCUACAUCUUCUGACAUUGCAUUCUCAUUUCCAAAAAAUAUCUAUACCUGGCGGCAGUGCUACAUACCGAUGGGCAAUUCGCAUUUUUUCACUCUGUGCCUUUACUCACAUUGUUUCACCUGCAUAUCAUGAUGUCGAGACCUUAGUAUUACAAGAACUCCACUUUCUCUUCCUGGCGUGCAUGUUGUACUCUCCUGCCGCACUUCUUCAAACGUGGUUGCUAUAUAUGUAGCUGAUUUUUUUGUAACACUUACUGUUAGUUGUACUGCCUCAUCUUCGUGUAAAAAUAUUCAUUGCAAGAAUUUUCUGUUUCAAGUGUAGAAGAAGUUCCAACAGAGCUGCUGCUGAUAGAGAACAAAAUGUAGUUGCGACGUCUAUCAGUGGUCCGUCGCGUCAAUCGAUCCUGCAUCUGCUUCACGGUAAGUAGAUGGGAAAAAGGAAUCACCUUUCUAUGCACGCCUAAAGCGACAUGGAAUUAUGAUUUUUCCCCUCUGCCAUAAUUAUAGUGCAUCUAUUAGUUGGCCGCCGCGCAUGAUGUCGCAUUCUUUGUCGAGGAAGUGUCAACAUUAAACGGAACUUAUCUGUAUUAUGCAUCGAUGAUCCGCUCUACUCCAUGGCUCUCGUUUCGCUUUUGAUAGUGCACGAUCCGCGGCAUGAUUAUAGAGAGCUUUUUCACAAGGUAGAAGUGCACGACGGGC